AUGCGACAAGUGAUUUUGAUAUUGUCGCGACUAAUCGCAACUUGUCGCAAGCAAUGGUUAUCUAAUAACACUACGCGAUUUAUUCUUGGUAUUUUAAUUGGCAUUCUACUUGGAUUUUGUGUCACAUUUAAUUAUGAAGAUGAAACUGCUACACAAUCCAUUUUAAUAAAUCAAUCGAGACACUUUACUUCGAUCAAUUUAAAUACUUCAAUUCUGUCUGAUAUUCAAAUACAGUGCAUUAUAUUCAUCCAUCCCAAUCAGAUAUUUAAGCGGAAAUAUGUCCAAACAUUGCGUGACACCUAUACCAAACAAUGCAAUCAUACUGUUUAUAUAACAAAUUCAGAAGGGAUUCGCCGUAAUUUCUCAGAAGAGAUUAAUGUUGCAUUUGUAAAAACGAAGAAAACACAAUAUCAUUGGGAUUUAUAUCGCGAAAUUAUCAAAUACUCCACAAAGUAUAAUGAACAACAGAAUCAAUUUUGGACAAUUAUUAGUGAUGAGCAGACUUUUAUUGUUAUGGCAAAUUUACGACGGCUUUUGUCAGCACUGAAUAAUUCACAACAAUCAUUUAUAUUAGGAAGGAUAUCUAGCAAAAGAAAUUUCCGUUCAUAUUUAUUCCCAUGGAAUAUUUAUACAACAAUUCUACCUCAAGCUGGCAUCGUUUUUUCCCGCACUGCUCUCGACCUUAUGGCUAAUGAUAACUGUUUUGGAUGGUUAUCACCCCGUGCUACAGAACGAGCACUGAUGCGAUGUAGCAAUCUAAUGAAUGUACAACUUGUUGAUCCAAUUGAUAAGGAUGGAAAGCAUUUGUUUAUCCCAAAUGGUUUCAAUGAAUUAAUUGCAGGCAGUGAAUUGGAUUUUUCAAAAAAAAUGCAGAAUCCUCUUUAUUGCUGCAGUGAUCAAGGCAUAUCAUUCGGUGGUUUAAAUUAUCGUGAUCAUCGAAUUUUGGAUUAUACAACUAGCACAAUCAAAGUGUUUGGUUAUUAA